GGGCUUGCACGACCUCAGUUUUGCACUACACCAUUCAAGGAGGGCAAAUGUGCUGUCUGAUGUGAUGAAAUAAGGGCCGUUGAAAAGAAUCAGUAUUUGAAAAAAGACUAGGCGUUAAAAGGAUUGUGUAUGUUUUUGGCGGACCUGUCGCGCACUCCAGCACAAGUGGAGAUGGGAGUAAACUUGGAGACUGGGAUACCCGGUGAACUUCAAGGAGAAGAGUCUGUGAUUUGGAUUUAAACUCGCCUUGGUCAUUAUUAACACAGCUUGAAGUUAAGUUGCAUAAGCCAUGGUGCCUAACCGGAGAUUGGGUCUGGCCCAUCCUUGCUGUAUUGGCCUGCUGUUCCUACUUCUCCUGCCCAGCUCGGUUUCAGUGAGAGAACCUCACCAUCAGUCCCAUGCCCACCUGCCCUCGCUGAUACCUCACGCCACCCUGCCGCUGUCCCGCUCCCGCUUCAGCGCCAAAGCUCAGCUGGACCUCACUACCCACUGCAACCAGAGCUGCUUCCACAAAGGAGAAGACACCGAUAAGGAGCACCUAGCCUUUGAAACUCUUUAUGCAGAUGGCUCGCGAACUUUAACCACUGUUGACCUGGAAGAAAACGACACUGAACUUCCCGUCAGACGACCCAAAGUAACCACUCCCAGGCAUAAGCGGCUAAAGCGCCAGAUCUACGGUUCAGACGGACGCUUUAACAUCCGCGGUGACCACUUCCUUCUGGACUACCCGUUCUCCACCGCCGUCCGCAUCUCCACCGGCUGCACUGGAGUUCUGGUGUCACAGCAGCAUGUCCUGACCGCGGCCCACUGCGUGCAUGAUGGGAAGGAUUACGUCAAGGGAGCGAGGAAACUCAGGGUGGGCUUUCUAAUCCCUCCGUCUGUUAACGGUACAAAGCCGGGUCAGGCUCCCGUGAAGAAACCCUUGGUGCGCUGGGUGAGAGUUAAACGCACACGGGUUCCUAAAGGCUGGAUUCAAGGCCCUCAAGACGUCAGCAUGGAUUUUGACUAUGCACUUCUAGAGUUGCGUUGGCCUCACCGGCGUCCCUUCAUGCGGCUGGCUGUGGCACCCUCCUCAGACAGUUUGGCUGGUAAACGCAUCCACUUCUCUGGAUUUGACAGCGACCGGCCUGGGGAGCUGGUGUACCGCUUUUGUCCUGUGGAGGACGAGUCCAACGAUUUGAUCUACCAGCACUGUGACGCCCGCCCUGGAGCGAGCGGCUCUGGUGUUUACGGACGUGUGUGGGACGAAACAUUAGAGCGUUGGGAGCGCAAGGUCAUUGGGAUCUUCUCGGGCCACCAGUGGCUGGAAAUCAAUGGUGAGAAUCGCGACUACAACGUGGCUGUUCGAUUCACUCCGCUGAAGUUCGCUCAGAUUUGUUACUGGGUUCAUGGAAAUAAGGUGGACUGCAGUCAGGACUGAAAAUAUGACGUAGAGGAAUGGGACAAUAUCAAAUCAGAGGACAAAAUAUGACGUGCCUGAUGUUGAAAACUGCACUUUACAGUCCUUUUACGGGUGUGGCUACUGACGAAAGGAGGUCCAUGGCUAGUAGAUCGAUACCCACAGACUUUGAUCACUCAUAUGGGCUGAGCUGGAACUUUGUUUAACCACUAUCUUUAGCUUUUGCUCACUAUACUGACAAUGUUACGCAUAGAUUUAGACUUAGACGGAGUCCUGCAACACAGUAGAUUUAUCUCGUCAAGUCUUUGCCAAUGUUAAGUAGACAUCUGAUCUCAGUUAUAUGAUUCUUUCUACAGCCUUGCUUUGUUCAGAUUACACAUUGUAGAUGCUUCAGUCUGUUCUUUGCACUUUUAGAAAGUAGAUUUGGGAUGGAGACAGGUUUUCUUCUCAUCUCAUCACUUGGGGUUUGGUUAACGCUAGAUUAACAUACACAGUUUAUUUGGUGACUAAAAGUAGACGCAAAAGGGCUUAUGCUUUGUCGCCUAUUCAUCCCUGCACAUCUGUUUGGUCUGCUAAGCUUACGGUUUCUAUGUUUUCUGAUUUAUGAUUACCACAAUAACAUAAAAAUCAAUGACUGUGAGAUGUAGUAUGGGUGUUAAAUUGAGACAGUUUGUAAAACAGAGUUUUAAAGUAUAUAUAUUUCCCAGGUGAAAAACAAGUACACUUCCAUAAUGUACUUAAAGUGCUCUAUUUUCGCGCACUAAUUUUGUACUUAAUAUACUAAAAAUGAUUCUUAAGUACUUCUUAAGAUAAACUUAAGAGCAUCUAAGUGUACUCUACUCAACUGUGCUAUUUUGAGACACCAUGAAUAUAAAAUGCACUUUUAACAUACUAUCUCUGCAUUUAAAAAAUGUAGUUACCACUUGUAGUACACUUGAACCCAUCUUUCAUACACUAGUAUACUCAAGUGUACAAUAGAGCACUUUAAGUACAUUAUGGAAGUGCACUUGUUUUUCACCUGGGUUAAAGCAUGGAUUCAAAAUCUUCAGUUUGUUUGUUAAUGUAAUACAUCUGGCACUAUGUUCUGCAGUUAUACACUCAUUUCCAAGACAGAUGAAGACCUCAUAUUGAUAACAUUACAUGUUGAGAUAUAAUUUUCCCUAUAGUUAUAUGUUGGAUUAAUAUAAAAACUGGACAAAAACUAAGAGAAAGGUUGUGGGGUAAAUGUUGAUUAUAAUUCUAUUUUUUAAAAGCUUUUAUUUUAAUAAACCUAAAUAUGUCUGUUGUUUUUGCUGUCUUUUUCAUUACAAUGUUAGAUCAUGUAGGCUCUUAAUGAGGACUUUUGUAUUUUCUAAAGAAGUUAGUGGUAACAUUAGAUAUGAUUCUGGAAACAUGCAACAGCAUGUUUCCAGUAUUAUUCUUUUUUUUUUUUUUUUUUAAAGAAAGGAAAAAAUGAUAGAAAGAAAAGGGUAAAUACAAUUUUGGUGUCUGUACGUAAAAUGCAACACUGGUACCCUCUGCUGGUAAAUGCAUAUAUAAAAAAAAGGUUUUCUUCACGGUACAGUUAACGCUUUGGGCUCGUGUUAUUUGUAGUUUAUUUAUAAUAUGCUGAUUCAGUGUUGCAGUAGCUACUGAUAGCUUAUGGUUUAAUUCAUAAUCUCAAAAAUACUGAAAUACGCUGUGAAGAGUUCGGCACAGGAAGGUGGAAGCUUCUCUUUUCCAGCGGGGUCUUGAAAUGAAUCUCUACUGCCCUCCUGUGGUUGACAUCUUCAUAGAGUUUUUCACAACAUGGCUGAGCAGCAGCAGUCCUUAGGUUCAGUCAGUAGCGAUUAUGCUGACGUUAUUCAGUAGUAUUGCAGUAGCUCAGUGCUUUAAUAUUUGACAAAUUGUCCAGUAACUAUUUUUUAAAAGAACAAAUCGUCUAGCGUAACACACUUCAUUUAUUCAUUGGUCAAUCAAGCCGGUUCACAGUAUUCCCAUUUACUGAAAUAAACGUUAAUGUAUAUCAUUUCUUGGUUGAAUACUACUUCAUUAACUCUCUACGUACUUCCAUGAAGUGAAUACUGGUACAGGGGUACGUUAUUAAUCGUGCAUCAGUGUAUAGACCUUACAUGCAUCUGCCCAUUUAAGUUUUAUCUAUAUGGCAUUGAAUUUACUCGAACAGUUUGUUUUAAUGGAACUGCAUUUUUAUUUACUGCUUAUAAUGUAGUUGACAUUCAACUGUUUUGAUGCCAUUACCUUUAAAUCAUAAUUAUAUUUGUAUCAAAUGUAGUUUAAUAUAUAAACAGCUUUUAUUAUUAUUAGCUUGUAGUCUACUGAACUAAUUUAUCACAGGGCAGUGACAAUAUUAUAUUUACAGUUGUGUCCUAACACAGCCACCCAUCAAAUCCAUAGGGAGGAUGAGAAAGCAAUCAGAGUCUUUGUUUGGAUCCAUUUGAAACUUUAUGAAUUUUGCAAACGAUCACAUUAUUUCAGUGCAUAAAUCAUGCUGAACACUGAUAAAACAGCAACAAAUGCAGAAUAUCCACACACAAAUGUAAGCAAAUAUCUUUAGACCAAUAUAAAAGACUGAUGUGUAUUCUAAGAGCAAAAUUAGGUUCACCUUGGGGCAAAGCAAAAUAUAUCAGCCCUCGCACAGAGGACCUGCCAAACAUGAAGAAACAAACCAGUUGUAACACAGCAGAGUUGUUUAGUGCUUUUUUUAUUAGAGAUAAGGAGACGAUACAAAACAUCCACCGACCAAUAUCCUUCAAAGCUCUGUACACAGGCUGCCCAAAUAUAUCGCUCCAUCUAAACUUAAUACGUGUCCAUCAAUCCACUCAAUCCAAUUCAUCAACAGACCGCUCAUCCACUAGGUCCCAGAUUUUACAGGUAGAAGGAAUGUGUACAAUUUCUUGACACCAGUGCCAUAGUUUUGAAUUACAUUUGGAAAUGUUUAAAUCAGAUGGAAUCAAUAAAACUAUUUGUGAGCUCAAAAUAAAAAAAAAAAUAGGGAAAGGGAGAGUAAAUUGUGUUCCCAGAAUGGUCCGACAAUGUCAUGUGAUUUUGGAGUAAAUUUUGUACUACACCUAGUCUUCAACAACACAUGCAUACUUAGAAAAAAUUAACUAGACGUUUGGCGCAAAAAAAAAAAAAAAAAAAAAAAAAAAUUAAA